AUGUCAACCUCUCGAAAAUCGAACCACCAAGAAACCACAACUCAAUUGAAACCCACCAUGUCCCUCCAACGCCUGGUUUUCACUUCCGCACGUCGGGCUGCAGUGAGCCCAGCUGUUAGACGCAGCUUCACGACCUCCUUCGUCCGCAGAGAAGCAGCUCCUACCCCAGCCAGCGACACCAAUGGGACCAAGAUCAAGAAGAUCCAAGACAUCAAGGAUGAAUCCGACCUCCUCCCCCCCGGAGCAGCACCCGGAGCCAUACCCACGGAUCUCGAGCAAGCGACCGGUUUGGAGCGAUUGGAGAUUCUGGGAAAGAUGCAGGGUAUCGAUGUCUUCGAUAUGAAGCCCUUGGACGCGUCUCGCAAAGGCACGCUUGAUAACCCCAUUAUUGUGAAGUCGUUUGGUGAUGAGCAGUACGCUGGUUGCACUGGCUACCCUGCUGAUUCCCACGUUACCAUUUGGCUCACGAUGUCUCGUGAUCGCCCUGUUGAACGCUGCCGUGAAUGUGGCAAUGUGCUGAAGAUGGAAUAUGUCGGUCCUCAAGAUGAUCCUCAUGACCACAGCCAUGGCCAUGAUGCCCAUGGAGACGGAGCCCACAACUAUGAGGAGCCGAAGACUUUCGCUGAUUUCGUUAAGCCUGAAUAUAGAUAG